UCUUUUUCUAAGCUGAGAGAGAGAAAGGCAUUAGUUUUUCUGUUCCUGAUUAGCGGCGGAGUGUGCCGUCCUCGCUUUCACAUCCAAUCAAUACCAAGAAAAAAUAAGAGCUUUUUUUUUAACGCUAAUAAUCCGAAGCACUCCCUGAAUCCAACCCAUCCGCGGCUGCUGCUGCUGCAGCAGAGAUGACAAAUCAGAUCGAGCCGGGAGCUCUGGUUGUUCGUCUCUCGGUUCAGGUCAACACCUCGGGAGUUCUUGCUUCGGUUUGAAGCGAGGAGCUCUGUUCUUUUCCCCGUUUCUUGGUACUGGUGAUUCUUGGCUUCGCCGUGCUGGAAUCGGUGCAGCUUUAGGGGGGGAUUUGGGGGAGGUUUUGAUGCGAUUCAGAGAGUAAAGCUACAUCAUUUCUUGCAUUUCGCGUGGUUCUUGGGGGUGGAUUCUUUGCGUGGUUCUGUCGAGGUCGAGCUAUUUCGACGCGUACUCCAGUCUGAACCUUCUCAGAGAUCCAGGUUAGAUUGUGGUGGCUGCUUGUUUCAAGAACUUCAACACCCUGAUUAACUCUUUCUGCUGAUAAGUAGAUGGAUGGAUCAUGUGAUUGCAUUGAGCCGCUCUGGCAGGCGGAUGAUCUCCUUGUAAAGUAUCAGUACAUAUCUGACUUCUUUAUUGCGCUCGCUUACUUCUCGAUCCCUUUGGAGCUCAUAUAUUUCGUUAAGAAGUCAGCAUUCUUCCCUUACCGAUGGGUGCUUAUACAAUUCGGCGCAUUCAUUGUUCUUUGUGGGGCAACCCACCUGAUAAAUUUGUGGACUUUUGCCAUAUAUACCAAGACUAUAGCUGUGGUACUGACAGUGGCGAAAGCAGCGACAGCGGUUGUUUCGUGCAUCACAGCUUUGAUGCUUGUGCAUAUAAUUCCUGAUUUGUUGAAUGUGAAGUUGAGAGAGAGAUUUCUGAAGGAUAAGGCUGAUGAGCUUGAUAGAGAGAUGGGGAUUAUAAGAACACAAGAGGAGACAGGAAGACAUGUCCACAUGCUGACCCAUGAGAUAAGAAGCACACUUGACAGGCACACCAUUCUGCGAACUACGCUCGUCGAGCUGGGAAGGACUCUUGUUUUAGCGGAGUGUGCCCUGUGGAUGCCAACACGCUCUGGAUCGGCCCUUCAGCUCUCUCAUACGAUAUAUAACAGCGCAGCAAUUGGAUCAGUUGUUCCUAUCAACCUUCCCAUUGUCAGUAAGGUUUUUAAUAGUAACCGUGUAGUAAAAAUUCCGCAUACCUCCCCGUUAGCUUCGAUAACGGCUGACAAAAGCAGGUAUGUGCCACCAGAGGUUGUGGCUAUCCGUGUUCCACUGCUGCACCUUACGAAUUUCCAAAUAAAUGAUUGGCCUGAGCUAUCUGCAAAAAGCUUUGCAGUAAUGGUUUUGAUGCUCCCUCCAGACAGUGCAAGAGAAUGGCGGCCGCAUGAACGGGAGCUUGUUGAAGUCGUUGCUGAUCAGGUAGCGGUCGCAUUGUCUCAUGCUGCCAUUUUGGAAGAGUCCAUGCGGGCCCGUGAUCUACUAAUGGAGCAAAACAUUGCUCUUGAUGCAGCACGUCGGGAGGCAGAAAUGGCUAUUUGUGCCCGUAAUGAUUUUCUUGCUGUAAUGAACCAUGAAAUGCGGACUCCUAUGCGAGCAAUCGUUUCUUUGUCCUCUCUCCUUUUAGAAACAAAUCUUAGUGCUGAACAACGCCUAAUGGUUGAGACUAUACUAAAGAGUAGCGAUCUUCUGGCAACUCUUACGAAUGAUGUUUUGGACGUUUCAAAGCUUGAGAAUGGGAGUCUUGAGCUGGAAAUUGCACCUUUUAAUUUGCAUUCCACCUUUACAGAUGUGGUUAAUUUGAUUAAGCCAGUAGCAGCGUGCAAGAGGCUCUCGGUUAUGGUCACUUUGGCACCAGAGUUACCUCUACAUGCUAUUGGUGAUCAAAAGCGAUUGAUGCAAAUAAUCCUAAAUGUUGCCGGGAACUCCAUUAAGUUCACAAAGGAGGGUCAUGUUUCGAUUACAGCUUCUAUGGCCAGACCAGAUGCUUUGAGAGGUCCACAUGAACCUGACUACCAUCCAGUUGUCUCUGAUGGAUUCUUUUACCUGGCUGUUCAGGUAAAAGACACAGGCUGCGGAAUCAGCCCUCAGGAUAUGCCCCACACAUUCAGAAAGUUUGCACACCCUGAAAACGCAGGCAAAUGGAACAGUGGCAGUGGAUUGGGGCUGGCCCUUUCCAGAAGAUUUGUCAGUCUAAUGGAAGGUAACAUCUGGCUCGAGAGCGAAGGCGUCGGGAAGGGCUGUACCGCGAUGUUCUUUGUGAAACUUGGCAUGCCUGAGAAACCAAAUGCAAACCUCCGAAGAAUGGCGCCGCACCCUCUACAGCCAAACCAAGGAGCUGGAGGCCCUGAUGCCCUCAGUAUAUCCAUAAUGGACAGCAACCCGAGGGUUCCUCGGGUUCGCUACCAAUCAAGCGUAUGAGAAGCACCGAUGAUGCCAUCGCCAUGCCAAGGCAGAGCAUCCGACCCAGUUUUGCCAUCACAGUUUACAGCUCCAUUUGCAGCUCUCUUUUUGAUGUAUGGAUGGUAGAUGUUGUUCUUGUCCAUCAGUGGAGGUACCUUGGGCAUGCUGGUAUAAGUUUCAUUGGCAUUCUUGAAUCUUGAUUUCAGUUGUGAGGGUGAUUGGGUGGUCUUAAGUGGUGACAAUUGUGAAAGCUGAUGUAGUGAUCUUUUGCAGCUCUCUUUU